AUGCAAGACGACAGUUUAGAAUCCUCAACUUCAAUAUCUCAGCUUCUGAGAGAAAGUUAUUUAGCUGAAACUAAACAUCAAGGGAAGAGUGAAAGAAGCAGAUCAGAACCAGCUUCUCAUCAUUUCCACUAUGGCAACGCUUCUGGUGAUUCAGAUGAGGUAGCUGCCCCGGACGACCUUCCAGAUCUCUCUGCCUUUUUGAGCCAAGAAGAGCUAGAUGAAAGUGUAAACCUGGCAAGACAAGCUAUCGAUCAGAAUCCUCUGGAAACUAAACAAGAUGAGCUUCAGGCACAUUCACAGCAUCCCCCAGAUCAGCUGAAAAACACAGGAAAACACAAACAAAUGGCCCAGUCUACAGCUUUGAAAACAUCAGACAAUGGCCUGCACUCAAACUUUUGUCCGGACCAUGUCAGAAAUACAAAGGGCUCCAAAGGGACCUCUCAAGAUCUAAAGAAACAACACCUCCCUUCUGAAUCAGAAUCAAAAAAGGAAUUCCUAAACAAGGCAGCAGAUUUUAUUGAGGAACUCUCCUCACUUUUCAAAGCUCACAACUCUGAAAGAAUAAGACCCCGAACAUGCAAAAACUACAGGAGCAAAACUGAUUCUAAGAAUAAGCCUGCUCAGAAAGGUAGCUCUAGCCUAUCUAGCACAUCAGAAAACAGAGAAAGGCUUUCCAUUCCAGUACCGCACGACUUGGAAAACAAGAAAACAUUUGAACAAAGGGAUGAUCAACAGGCAGCAAACUUGGACUCUAUCAAUCAAUUAUCAAGUGCAGAGCUAAAAUCAGAGUCAGAAUCUGCAUCUGUGUAUUCUGAUGAGCCUAUUGGACAGCCACCACGCUUUACUCAAAAACUGAAGAGCAGGGAAGUUCCUGAAGGAACUAAAGUGCAAUUGGACUGCAUUGUGGUAGGAAUCCCAGCACCUGAAGUCAGGUGGUACUGUGAAGGGAAGGAGCUUGAAAACUCACCAGACAUUCAAAUUAUCCAGACAGGUGAUCAACACUCAUUGGUUAUUGUUGAAGCUUUUGAGGAGGAUACAGGACGUUACUCGUGCUUUGCUUCAAACAUCUAUGGGACAGACUCCACUUCUGCAGAGAUUUACAUAGAAGGAGUCUCUUCUUCUGACUCUGAAGGUGAAAUCAUCAAAGACGAAAUGGAUCACAAACCAAAGCCAGCUGACACCUCCUUGAAUGCAGCAUCUUCUGCUGUUAGAACUGCAACCAAGCAUCAAGAAACCUUGAAGACACCAUCUGCCGUGGUUCAGCCUGUAUCUGUACCUGUCCAGCCUGUGUCAACACUGAUUAAUCAGGCUCAAAGCCCCACUAACUAUUUGCAAGGACUGGAUGGAAGACCUAUAAUUGCAGCUCCUGUAUUUACAAAGAUGUUACAGGAUAUUUCAGCUUCUGAGGGGCAGCUUGUUGUCUUUGAAUGUCGGGUGAAAGGAGCUCCUUCCCCAAAGGUUGAAUGGUAUAGAGAAGGAACACUGAUAGAAGAUUCUCCAGAUUUUAGGAUAUUACAGAAAAAACCACGAUCUAUGGCUGAACCAGAGGAAAUUUGUACUCUCGUUAUCGCUGAGGUAUUUUCAGAAGAUUCUGGCAGUUUCACCUGUACUGCAAGCAAUAAAUACGGCACAGUAUCUAGUAUAGCUCAUCUAACUGUCAAAGCAUCUGAAGAAAGUAAUAAUGCUGCUACCCUUCACACAACGAGCUCAAUCAACUUAAUUACUGACCAUCAACUUCCCCCACAUACUCCUUCCCAUCAUGUAGGAAAUCAAACCCCCAAACCUAAACUUGAAGGUGUUCUUGUGAACCACAAUGAACCCAGAUCAAGUUCCAAGAUAGGGCUCCGUGUGCACUUCAAGCUGCCUGAAGAUGAUAAAGGAAGUGAAUCAUCACCAGAGGAUGGACCCAGCGCCAGAAACCAAAUCAGACCCAACUAUUUCCAAGAGAGGAUAAAUGGACAGCCAAUGAAAAUACCAGAGCCAACAUCACCAUCCAAGGAACCCCCCCCAGUACUGGCUAAACCAAAGCUUGAUCAGACCCAGUUAAAACAGCUCCACAACCAGGUCUUGCUUGAACAACAGCAGGUGCAUCAGACAUCUACAAGAGAGUUGUCAUUCAACACAGCUUUAUUGAAUUCUGCUACUUCACUCCAUCAACAGUCCACCUCAACUAUUUACAAACAAAGCAAAGCCUCUGCUUCACAAGCAUUCAGCUAUACCCGACCUAAGCAGUUCCUACCAUCACAAACCACAGCGCCUACCAGCUCCUCUCCUAGCUCCUCAGUUACAACAUUCAGCAACAUCCCUCAAGGAACUCAAAGAACAAAUAACAAGGAAAAUUUCACAGUAAAUCCUCCACCUGCCCAAUCAAGGUCUUCAGGAGGGUUUACAAGCAAAAGUGAACAGUCUCUACCAAGCCCUAAAGAAUCCAUGUUGCCUCCAUUAACACUUUCCACAUUCAGUGCAAAACAGUUUCAGCCGCAGAGUGUGACUCCUGCUCCUAUCUCCCCAACUGGACGGAUUCAGAAUCCCGUAGCUUUCCUUAGUGCUGUUCUUCCUUCACUUCCUACUGUGCCAUCAACCAACGCUAUGGGACUGCCCAGAAGUACACCAGCCAC